GGAAAGUGAGUCGUGACGGUGACGGUGACGGUGACAGCGAAUCUCGAAUCCCAACCUCGAAUCUCGCCUGGACCCCUGGACCUGCACAACGACGCGUUUGUUCAUCAACCCUGAAGUUCUCACUCUCGCCCAACCAACAUCCCUGCAAAACUGUCAACGGCUGAGCAGCGUGUGCCAGUCCUCCUGGGAUCAGAGUUUUGAUCGCUGCCUCUGAAAUUGGACCGUUAAUCCCCCAAACCUUGUGGCCACUUUGGGCGUAUACCGAACAUCCGAUGAUGGUCUUGAAAAGCCGCGUCGCUCAAUCGAUAGACCGCCAUGGACCCCGCAGUUCAACGUCUGCUUAAUGACAAGCUCUACGACAAAAGGAAGCAGGGGGCGCUCGAGCUCGAGCGCUUCAUCAGAGAGGCCAGUGCCGCCAAAGAAUACGACAAGAUCCGGAAGACGAUUGAUCAGCUGUGUCACGACUAUGCCUAUGCCGUGCACCUUCCGCACGCCCGCAAUGGAGGACUCAUUGGUCUAGCGGCUGCUUCGAUCGCCCUGGGCUCUGAUGAGGUUGCGCGCUAUCUGUCUGAUAUUGUCCCACCGGUUCUUGCGUGCUUUACCGAUCAAGAUGCCCGCGUCCGCUAUUAUGCCUGCGAGGCCAUGUACAACAUUGCCAAAGUAGCCAAGGGAGAGAUUCUGGUUUUCUUCAACGACAUCUUUGAUGCAUUAUGCAAGCUUGCCGCCGACUCAGAGCUCUCGGUGAAGAACGGAGCCGAACUCCUCGACCGUCUGAUCAAGGAUAUUGUUUCUGAGUCUGCAGCCUCCUACGUCUCCGUCCUCAAUUUCAAUGAAGACGGCGAGCAACUCGAGCCAGACAAGGACAGCGCCGAUCUUCCCACAACUUUCUCCCUUGCAAAAUUCAUUCCCCUUCUUGAAGAGCGCAUCCACGUUAUCAACCCAUUUACUCGCACCUUUCUGGUUUCAUGGCUGACGCUUCUUGAUACCAUUCCGGACUUGGAACUUGUACACUACUUGCCAGCUUUUCUUGGCGGCCUCUUCAAAUUCCUCGGAGAUCCGAAUCGUGACGUGUAUGUGGCUACGCAGGGGCUUCUUGAGCGCUUUCUCAGCGAAAUCAAGAAAAUCGCAAAGAUCAAGCGCAGUAUCGCUGAGAGUCGCCGAAGUCGAGCCGGCAACCGGAGACCUGGAUCUGAUACGGGCAGUGCCACGGCUCGGGGCAGUCAGUCAAAUGAGAACGCCAUCGAAGAUUCAGAGUCUGGGACCGCCCAAGACGAACUCAACGAACUUGGGGAGCACGACGGUGAUUGGAUACCCGGACAAGACGUACAGGUGGAUUAUGCAGAAAUCCUUGACAUCCUGCUAAAGUUUGUCGACGUCUCGUCCAGUAAGGAGACGGCGCCUCAGUUAAGACUUGAGGGGUUGUCAAAACAAAAGGAAGAAGAGAUCGGGAUCGUCGCCUUGCGAUGGAUUGACAGUUUCUUCGAGAUUAGCCCAGAAGAGAUUCUGCAGUUUGUGCCUCGCCUGUUGUCUCGUGUUCUGCCCGCCCUGUCGGCGCAGUCGGAGCAAGUCAGAACAACUGCCAGCAAGGUCAACAGGUCACUGAUGGACUACAUUGUCACUUUCCAGGAUGAGGUGUCGACCGAUGACCAGAGUGCACACGCAUCCGGCACCCUAACCAGUGUAACAACGCGGGAUGGAGAAGGGUCUGAGAAAAGACAAUCCGGCGGGACUACCAAAAGUGUGCCUUCUCAAGCAGAGACCAAGACUGAUACACCUCCAGAAGUCUCAUCUGAGAUAGAGCAGUCUCCCCCAGAGGUCACUCCCCGCUCUACCGCAGCGCCGUCACCGCAACCCAUGGCUGACCUCGACUAUGCGGCAGCAGUGAAUGCGUUGACGCUGCAAUUCCUCAACGAACACGAAGAGACGCGUGUGGCGGCUUUGAGCUGGCUAAUCAUGCUUCACAGAAAGGCGCCAAAGAAAGUCCUCGCCUUCAACGAUGGAACCUUUCCAGCCCUGCUCAAAACGCUCUCCGACCCAGCUGAAGCGGUCGUGACGCGCGAUCUGCAACUUCUCUCCCAGAUCUCCAAGAACAGCGAAGAUGGAUACUUUAAAUCCUUCAUGGUGGCUUUGCUGCAGCUCUUUUCCACAGACCGCAAGCUGCUGGAGAUCCGUGGCAACUUGAUUAUUCGUCAACUGUGCAUCAACCUCCAACCUGAGCGCAUUUAUAGGACGUUAGCAGACUGCAUCGAAAAGGACGAAGACAUAGAGUUCGCGAGCAUCAUGGUUCAGAAUCUCAACAACAACCUCAUCACGGCGCCUGAACUGGCCGAGCUGAGGAAAAGGCUUCGAAACCCGGACAGCAAGGAGGGACAGAUGUUCUUUGUGGCUCUGUUUCGCGCUUGGUGUCACAACGCUGUGGCUACGUUCUCGCUGUGCCUGUUGGCCCAAGCGUAUGAACAGGCUUACAAUCUGCUACAGAUAUUUGCGGAUUUGGAGAUGACAGUCAACAUGCUCAUCCAGAUCGACAAGCUAGUGCAGCUACUCGAAAGCCCGGUCUUCACCUAUCUACGGCUCCAACUCCUCGAACCCGACCGCUAUCCCUAUCUUUACAAAUGCCUUUACGGUCUCUUGAUGUUACUUCCCCAGUCUUCCGCCUUCGGCGCUUUGAAAAAUCGCCUCAACAGUGUCUCUGCCAUAGGGCUGUUGCACACACCGGCCUCGAUGCCGACUUCAGCGAGGCCAUCAGUGGUCUCCGGAAUGACGUCGUCCUCUCUGCCGCCCACAAGCGGCGGCGCCCUAAACAGCACCGUCACUUCUCGUCUCUCACGAACGCGUGAUGCCACAGCCUCUAUCGGCAUAAACGAGAUCAGAUGGCCUGAACUUCUCGACAAGUUCAAACAAACUCAGGAACGUGCAAGACGCCGGAACGAGAGGCUUCUUCGGGGAGACCUCGACGCAGAAACCCCUAGUUCUGCAAUCCCGAGCGCAGUCGAUGAUGUCGGUCGGUCGAGUCGUGCGAGUCUAAGAGAUGGCGGUAUUGGCGGAGUAACAGAUGGCGAUGCAUUCAGAACCGGGCACAAACUACACACUGGACGGCCUUUGAGUGGUAUCAGCGCAACUGGCACCGGCUCCGGGCUGGUCAAGGCGGGAAGUGGGUUGGCGGUAACCGGACCUGGCGGAGCGGGUGCUGCUGGCCCUGGAGCUCGAACCGCGGGCAUCGGCGAAGAUCGAGCUGGACCGCAUAAGAGAGGUCAUAGUCUCGCAGGGGGGUUUGGGAAGUUUGCCAGCGGGAUCGCCAGGGCCGGGGGAAGCAAGGACAGGGAGAAGAAGAAGUAAACCUUUUGGGGGCCGUGAGAAUCUUCUCCAGUCUGGCUACUAAGGACUUGCACCGCACACAGUCCAACCCGGGGAAGAAUGUCUGUUUGAGUGACGCGCUCCUUUGGGGAAGUUGUUUCGUUUUUGGGACGCGACCUUCCCACCCUUUUGCUUCCGCGAAUGGAAAAAGAAUGCAUGCAUGGCCCAGCGGGAUGGAAUUUGGCACUUGUAUACGGUAUUUCUUGGAGGGCAAUAGGAGGGAGGGUGCCGUGCGCAAGUCAUCACAGGCGCAAAGGUGUCUGUUGCCAACAUGGAGAAUUUUUCCUCUUUUCCCCCCCUCCAAAAAAGGAUGUUGACACCCUUUUCUUCUUUGGCUUUCCCUGCUCUGAUUCCCUCGACUCUUCAUACUUGGACAGCCAUGUCCCAGAGGAAAGGGGGGGGCUAGAUUGCCAGACUGAGAAGCGAUACGCGUUAUCAGAUAGGGCGUAAAGGAGGCGCAGAGACGAAUAAAUAAUGGAAGAAG